AUGCGUUUACUGCUUUUCAUCUGCUGUUUCGUCUUAACAUCAGCAUCAACAUCGCAUCUUGGACACACACAAGGUACCUUGACAAUCGACGCGCUUACUUUCGAAAAGAUUCUACACCGCUUCGAUGCCGUUCUGAUUAAAUUCGAUGAUAAAUUUCCUUUCGGUGGUUUACAAGAUGAUUUUAAAUCGAUAUCUCUGAGUGUCACCAGGUCGAAAGAUUUCAUCAUCGCCGAAGUUCCUGUGACUGACCGCGAUGAACAAGAGAAUUUUCACUUUGCGCUCGGUUACCAGGCGUUCAAACCGGAAUUUCCCAUCUACAGAUUGUUUCUUAAGGGUAAACCUAAACCAAUUCAUUAUACUGGCGAUCGAUCAGCAGAUGAUCUUCGACGUUUUCUACUACGACAUACAAAUGUUUGGCUUGGUUUGAACGGCACAGUGGAGGUUCUGGACGGGAUUGCUCGCGACUUUUUCGAUGCAACCUUUGAUAAGAAUGACAAUGAACGAGAUGUGAUAUUAGAAAAAGCACGAAAUCUAGUGGAAAGUAUGGAUAAUCAGAAAGAGAAGGCGAGUGGUGAAGUAUAUGUGAAAAUCAUGGAAGCGGUUGUUAAAAAUGGCAUCGACUAUUUCAAUCGUGAAGAACGACGCAUUCAGAAUCUUCUCAAGGGAAAGUAA